AUGCAGCACGUCGGCGCUCAAAACCCUUUGUCCGGUGCGUGGGUUGUGACCCCUGGUGAUACCGGGGUUACGGCUUCACCCCAGGCGCCUGACGCGGACUUUCCAGAUGUUUAUGCCUGGCAGAUAAACAGUAAUACCGGGGGGCGUCUCCGAUAUCAAUUGAGCGGUCCCACAGCAUCAGAAUCCUGGGUGUAUUCUGUCAGACAGCGGGUAGUUGGCUUAUCCGAUGCGGUCGAUCUGGGCGCACUGCUGGAAGUGUCCAAUGGCGACCGGCGCUUUAUCUUAACCUUUGGCAGUGAUGCCGCCGGUGCCACACUGAUCGACCUGGUUGGCAGCGACUUCCCGGAUGCGGUUGAUUUCACUCUUGCCCCUUCGCAGGUUGGGCGCACGGAUUACAUUCAUGUGGAGCUCGUUUAUAACGCAAACAUGGGCACCGCCUCUUUGUUUCUCGAUGGCGUGCUGAGCGCUGAAGGGUUUACCGGCAUUGAUGCCGGUGCCGUUGCACCGAGAGUUAACUUCGGCGACGGCAGCAGCGGAGCUGCCGGUACCGCCCGCUACGCCAACGCAGGCUUUACCCUGGGAAUGCCUGAGUGUGGUGACGGCAGUGACAACAAUGGCGAUGGCGAAACAGAUGGCGCAGAUGCUAACUGUCAGUCUCCCAGCGACCCCAGUGAAGGCCCCUAUUGCGGCGUAUACCAGGACUAUGAUCAGGACGGCGUUUGUGAAUUUAUUGUUGCAUCACACCUGGAAGACAAUGAUCCAACACUGGGUGGCUGGCUGAGCCCUUCCACCGCCAGUGGACAAUCCUGGCAGGGUGUUGAUGAAGAUCUUGGCGCAGGGAAUUGUGACGCGCCGUGCCCUUACUGGAGAGUGCGAGACAACGGCACCAGCGACCUGGGUUCUUACAGGAUGGACAUCGCACCCAUCAGCGCCAGUUUUCCCUGGGAACUUCGCGCUCGCGUGCGCAUACAGCCACAAACCAUCGGUGUAGCGGACUCCAUCGAUUACUCUAAAACCAUGUUCGCCCGUUUUCCGUAUCAGACCGGUCGACGGGAAUUCGGCGUUCUAUUCGGUAUCACCGCCGCUGGCAUCGUGCAACUCAGGCCAUCGGGGACUUCAUCAACCAUAGAUAUCGGCAGCUAUGGCGACUAUCACGAUGUUCGCGUGGUGUACGAUCCCACUACGGUGAGCGCAGAUAUCGUCGUCAAUGGCAGCGUGAUCGCUGAAGACUUGCCCGGAAGGACACUGACCACCUCCACAACUGCGACCAUUAACUGGGGGUCUGCAUCUUCCCCAGACGUGGGCCAAAGUCAUUGGCAGGAAGUGACGCUGGAACUCUUUCCCGAUACUGAUAACGAUGGUUUGACCAAUUCAGCAGAGAUAGCACUUGGCACAAACCCUUAUCUUGUUGACAGUGACGAAGAUGGCCUGACUGACGCGGAUGAGCAGGCAGCAUUGACUGAUCCACUCAACCCGGACUCAGACGAUGAUUCGCUUCUCGACGGCUGGGAAGUCGAGUCCGGUUUGAACCCAAAUGUCGCUGAUGCGGAUAUCGACAUAGACAACGACAAUCUUACGCAUCUGCAGGAGCAGGCUGCAGGCAGCAAUCCGCAGCUUGCGGACAGCGACGGCGAUGGUCUGGAAGAUGGCUUUGAAGUGCUCACAACGCUCACGAAUCCAACCCUGCUUGAUUCUGACGGUGAUGGUUUGGAUGACGGUGUUGAAGUCAACACGCACAAUACCGAUCCGAUGCUGGCCGAUACGGAUCUCGACGCCCUGUCUGAUGGUGACGAACUAAGCCAGGGCACAAAUCCGCGCAUCGCUGACACUGACCUGGACGGAGUGCUGGAUGGCGUCGAGGUUGCAAACGGUACAAACCCGCUGUUAUUCGAUACUGACGGUGAUGGUUUAGGCGACGGUUUUGAACUGACCUUUGACCUCGAUCCGCUUGUUGCUGGCGGCGCUCAGAAUGAUGACGACGGCGAUGGCCUGACUACCCUUGCAGAACAGGCAGCACAAACCAACCCGUUGUCCAGUGAUACCGAUGGGGAUGGUUUGUCGGAUGGGGACGAAGUCAAUACGCACAAUUCGAACCCCUUGCAGGCUGAUACAGAUAACGAUGGCAUGUCGGAUGCCUUUGAAAUAUUGACCAAUCUGAACCCCCGCCUGGCAAGAGAUGCAACCCAGGAUGCCGAUAAUGACGGACUGUCCAAUCUGGAGGAACAGCAGAAUGGUCUGGAUGCCAACAACCCCGACAGUGAUGGUGACGGCUUCCUCGAUGGCGAAGAGAUUUACAUUUUUGCCACUGGUGCAGCCGACGCCGACCCGAUCGCGGCACCAGGACAAUCCAGAACUGAACUGUUGUUUGCCGCGACGGACCAGCCACUGUUCGAUAGCCUGCCAGAUCCAACCUUUGUUGACUUGUCCGGGUUGGUUACCGAGCAAAGCGGCGGCACGAUAAGUCAACGGCCGACCAUUACAGCGCAGGACAUCUGGGAUGAAGGCGUUGCGCAGUGUGAUGCAAACUCAACCAAUAUUCCGCUCAAUGACGAAAUUGUUGCGUGCCGCGACCUCGCGGUAUCCCCCACUCGGGCCGAGUGUAUUGCAGGCGGCAACGUGAGUUUUGCCAGCCGCAGUAUUGGCUGUUGCGCGAACAGGGUGACCGGUGUGAUCGCGCCACUGGACGAUAUAAACAACGGCUGCACGACUGACCCAAUCACAGGGACGGCGAUCAACACGGUUCAAAGCUUUACGAUCAACGAAGUUAACAGCCUCAUUGGAGGCCCUUACGUCAGUCCUACCUCGAUCAAUAUCGGCAGUGGCUUUGGUCCGCGACCAACAAGUGAUACGCCGCUGCCCGCGCGGGACUACCAGAUCGGGGUAGAAGUGAGCCAGUCGGUGAACCUUGCCGGCGGCUUGACCAUUACGCCUGGGCUUUCAAGUGCCGAACCCGGCGAUGUAGACCUCUACUAUGCAACGGCCGCGGUGGUCUCAGCGAGUCGCACUUCUCUGCCCGCAGGACAGGUAUUUACCCUUGAACUGAAUCACCGACCCAGGGGAUAUAGCGGUGAUGAUUUCCGCGGAACCGGCUCUGAUUGCACGAUCGAAGGGACGGGGUUGCGUGGGUCCUGCAUGUCCACCAGGUGGCCGUCAUUUCUGACCAGUCUUUCGAUGGAUUUUGAGAUCGGCGUUAACACCGCCGCAGAAAUCUGGUCGAUUGAUCCGGAAUCCGGCGACCAGUUGCAGACGAUCCUGAAUAUCAUUGAUGAGUCAUUCAGUAGAAGUUAUGAGAUCGCUGCUCUGGAUUGGCAGAUCGGCGAAAGUCUGGAUGCGCGGUUGUUCAACGGUGUGCCUGAUUUACCCGAAGUCGUUCGCGCUGAAGUGUCGAUCUCCAAUGAUGAUCUCGACCUUCUCGGUACAGGAAUGUGGGACACUCCCUAUGAGCUGCCCGCUGUUGGCGUUGAUUUCCCCUUUGGUGUCUGUCCCUGGAAAAACAUUAACCAAUUGCUUUGUGUGGGUGACGUCGGCGCAUUUCUUACCGGAGGUACAAAUCUCGCAACUUUGAUACUGCAGAUACCUGAGCUGAACACCCCGGUCACGCCACCAGGGUCGUCGGCUACCGAUCGUGGUUUUUACGGGGGACUUGAUUCACAAAUACCACAAACGGUGGCAAAACCUGCCCGUCAUUUCCUUAACGCGGAAGGGCAUCUGAUCAACACCCUGCCAAACAAAUUGCGACCACUGGUGAAUCUGCAGGCCCUGGACGGUUCACCUGAGGGUUUCCUGGACGCUUUUGUCAACGAUCGUACAACCCACGAUUCAGAUGUGUUUCGUGCCGAACUGGACAUCGAUGGUCUGGUCUGCCUCGGAACGGCCGCCUGCCUGGGUGCAGAAGCCGGAAUUACCAGGGUCCUCACAUUGGCGCUGGAUGCCAUUGAUCUGGAUGUUGUGACCUGGACCGGCUGGGAUGCCAGUUAUACCUUCAGGCCUAACGUGGAAGCUCAACUGCGCUUCAGUCAGGAUACCGAGGUGUUUGACAUCGACACCAGUCAAUGGAUUACCGUACAGGCGGGCCAACCUUACACGGUUGUGGUACCAGCCUGGACGGACAGUACCACCAGCCUGUCAGUGACCCUACCUGACGGCGGUGUAGACGUUGCCGUCGAUUACUCAUUUGCAAACAACGAAUUCACCAGUGAAGCGUAUUACAACGUCAAAGUAGCCUCGGUAGCAAACUACAUGCAGGCACAGUUCAAUGGGCUGGUGGCUGAUUUGUUUGAAGGCGCAGCCGGCUUUCCACUGCGCAUUGGCCUGCUGGGCAGUGUUUCUGAGUUACCCGCAAUUAACGCCGAUGCGCUGGUCAGUACACAAACGCUCAGCGGUGCGCAAAUGAGUUUUCCAGGUCAGUCGCUUUCGAUCAUAGACAGGGGUCUGGAUAGUGAUGGUGAUGGGCUUGAAAAUGACCUGGAAAACACAACCUGCACCGCGGCAGGUGAUGCUGACACGGACGAUGAUGGCCUGCCGGAUGGCAUUGAAGAUGCCAAUCGAAAUGGCAUGGUUGAUCCGGGUGAAUCCGAUCCCUGUCUGGCAGAUACGGACGGAGACGGUUUGCUGGACGGGUUUGAGCGCGGACUUGUCACGCCUGAUGCGGAUACUGAUCUCGCGGUAUUCGUCGCAAAUCCCACGCCUAUUGUUCGUAGCAGCCCAGUCAGCACCGACUCAGACGGAGACGGUUAUUCCGACUUCGAUGAAGUGAAUGGCGGAGGAGACCCGCUGGAUCCAACCAGUUGUCCGAUCGAUCAAUGCUCAUCAGGUGUAUUGAAGAUUAUCAGAAUGAUUCAGUAG